AUGGAAGUCUUUGGGUUGAAGAGCCAGUCGCUGCGGUACGAGAUGGACGGCUUCGGUAGCGUCCAGAUGUAUCUCACGACACCCUCCGACUACUCCGGCCUCACACCUCGCACCGCCCACACUCACCACCACCACCCUGGCCGUCAUUCCUUGAUGCAAGCAGCCACCGCCAACAGAAACACAAUGUCUGCCGUGCCUACACAAUACCAGCGCCUGCAACAGCAUCCCAAGACGACGCUCGUCGUCGGCGCCUCGCGCGGCGUCGGCAAGGAGCUCGUGCGGCAGCUCGCUCAGCAGCACCCAGAGGCCCGAGUCAUCGCCUCCGUCCGCAGCCCCGUCGACGACGACGACGACGCGGGCGACGAUGACGAUGGCCACCCUGCCGGUAACGUGCGGCACAUCACGCUGGACCAGUCCUGCUCCAAGUCAGUCAGCGAGGCGGCCCUCGCCGUCGGCGCGCUCGACACGCUCAUCGUCAACGCCGCAGUCGGCGACGACGAGCGGCUGCUCGACACGUCCGACGAGCGCAUGGCGCGCUACCUCGACGUCAAUGUGACGGGCGUGCUGCGCGUCGUCCGCGCCUUCCUUCCCGCGCUCAAGGCCCGCAAGACGCGGCAGGUGGUGCUCGUCUCGUCGACGUCGGGCUCGCUCGCGCGGCAGGUCGGCGCGCGGGCGGGGUUCCGCGGCCCGUAUGCCGUGUCCAAGGCCGCGCUCAACAUGCUCGCCGUGCAGCUGCAUAACGAGCUGCACGCGGACCACGGCUUCACGGUCGUGCCCGUCCACCCCGGCUGGGUGGCGACGGACAUGGGCCGCAGAGCGGGGGAUGGCGGCAUGCCCGUGGCGGAGAGCGCGGCCGGCAUCGUCAAGGUGGUCGUCGGGCUGACGCCGCAAAACUCGGCCACGUUUUAUAGCUAUGACGGGACGAUCUUGCCUUGGUAG